AUGGAGGUUGAAGAAGAAAGUGGAGUGGUAAUCAUCGGUGGAGGCAUAUGCGGCCUCGCAACUGCAUUAGCUCUUCACAGGAACGGGAUUGCAAGCGUGAUACUGGAGAAGUGCCAGAACCUCAGAGCGACCGGAGCAGCUAUUGUCGUGCAGCCCAAUGGAUGGCGAGCACUAGAAUACCUUGGACUCGGAUACAUGGAUGCUCAUAUAUCCAUAUGUAUUUACACAUGUAUUGGGGACGAUAUAUCAGUCGACAGCAGGAGGCAAGAUGCUAUACCGCUUGGGCCAGACAUGUCCGACAUCCGGCAGGACUUGCAGUCACAGCCGAAACGUUAUAGACAUGAAGAUACACCACCGGGAAGUUCGAUUCAACACACUGAGGUGGACCCAUGGUUACCGGGAUUUUAUACCCGCUACAUGGUGCCCCCUGAUUCCAUCCCACAUCAGGAGGUGGUAAUCGGUUGUGAUGGGGUGAACUUGAUUGUAGCCAAUGCUGUAGGCUUAAAUCCAACCAGGAUAUCAUCCAUGUAUGUCAUAAGAGGACUUGCAAGUUACGAAAAUGGUCAUGGUAUUGAGAAUGAGUUUGUCGUACUGGGUAAAGACGGACUCCAGCUUGGCCGAAUACCUAUCAACGAGAAGCAGGUUUUCUGGUUUGUAACUCGGAAAUGGAAAUCCCAAGACAUAGUUUCCCUGAGCGACCUACAAAUAUUGCACCUCGCCGAUUUGAAGUACCGUGCACCGUGGGACUUGCUCAGAACCAACUUUAGACGAGGAACCAUGGUGGUAGCUGGAGAUGCCAUGCACGCAAUGGGCCCGUUCCUGGCUCAAGCUGGCUCUGCGGCUCUAGAGGAUGCAGUUGUGCUCAGCAGGUGCUUCUUGUUGGCAGAUAUGCAAUAUCGCGGUCAUAAUAAGGUGAUGUUGGGAUAUUGA